AAUGUGGGAGGUAGAGUAGGAGCUGCUGGUGAAGGCUGGCGGAGGAGAAGAAGAGAAGAGAAGCUGCGAGCUGCUAAACUACUGAAUGGGAAUCUCUCCGGCAACUCCUCCAGCAGACCGCUGCUGUCUCACGGCUGCAGCGACACGGACACGGCGGCUCUGCGUAAAACCAAGCGGAGGCGCGUCUCCAAGUCUGGCUCAGCAGCAGCCCAACUCACAGACUCACACACGGAGGAGAGGACGCUGAAGUUGGCUCGUUGAGCAGCGAGCAGCAGCAGCUUUUCUUCACUUGUUACCGGCUCUCCUCACUCACUAACAUGCCUGCCAUCAAAAAGGAGCGUCUGGAUGGAGAUGGAGACGACAUGGCGUUCAACCAGUCCGAAUACCUGGCCCCUUUAAAUGCCACCGCUAUCCCCGUGGUGACCCCCUCGCAUCCGCCGCCCUACGACCACAUUUUCGCCCAUCACCACCGCGCGUACUUGGGGCUCCACCACCACGACUCGGCGCUGCAUCAUCACCACCUCCACCAGCAUCACCAGCACCAUCACACGGAGGACUUGAUGCUGGAGAGGUUCUCCUCCAUCCCAGACUUCCAGCCCUUCUUCGACAACGGAGAGCCCUGCAUCGAGGUGGAGUGCGGAGAAAACAAGGCUCUGCUUUAUAUCAAUAAACUGUGUCAAGGUAGUAAAGGACCCUCGAUUAAAUACAGAGGAGAGUGGCUCACACCCAACGAGUUCCAGUUUGUCAGUGGACGAGAGACAGCCAAAGAUUGGAAACGGAGUAUUAGACACAAAGGGAAAAGUCUCAAGACUCUUAUGUCCAAAGGGAUCUUACAGGUGCACCCUCCGAUCUGCGACUGUCCUGGUUGUCGAAUUUCAUCUCCAGUGAACCGCGGGCGCUUGGCUGAGAAACGCACAAUCCCCCUUCCCCCAAACCGGGUGCCCAAGAAGGAGCUGGCCUCCAUCUUCAGCAGUGACGACAGUGAAGGCAGCGAGCGCGCCAGUGGGGACCAUGCCCACAUCAAACAGGAGGACGAGUUGCAUUACAGUAUCAUGAGAAAGAGUCGUGACAGUGACCUCUCUACAAUCAUCUCCAACCUGCACCACACCAGACAGCACGGCAUGCCCGAGGGCCAGUCAGCCUCUGACCACAGCAGCAGUACUGGACACACAGAUGACCUUCUAGGCAAAAGAAGAAGCUUCUCUCCUAACAGCAGCAGUGAGUGUCCAUCUGACAGCAAGAAGUCACGUAGCGUAUCCCCCAAAGAGAACUCCCAGAGCCCGGUGGUGGAGGCCGGCGGCAGCCACGGACACAUGAGCCCUGAGGAGCACUACAGGCGCAUGAUGUCAGCGCUCAGCGAGCAAGGGUCCUACGAGGAGCAGCAGCAGCGGCUCUACCAGCUGGCGAGCAGCAUGGGUCUGCCUGGCCACGGUCAGUCCACAGGCUCCGUAUUUGUAGACAUGCUGCGUGCUCGCCAGGAGGCGUUGGCUGCAGCGGUGAGGAACCCAGCGGCCUUAGAAGCUCACCUGCCCUCGGCGGGCAGCUCCUCUUCAUCCAGCCAGAGACGCAAGCAGGGUCUGCCGCAGCACCGGGACGCACAUUACACCGACAGAGAACUGUCCCACCCUCCACCUCUACUGUCCCCUCCAACGGCCCCUCACAUCGCCUUAGGACCUCACCUGCGGCCUCCUUUCCUGGGCAUGCCCUCCGCUCUUUGCCAGGCCCCUGGUUAUGGUUUCCUCCAACCAGCUCAAGCUGAGCUCUUUGCUCGGCAGCAGGAGAUGCUACGGAAGCAGAAUCUGGCCAGACUUGAGAUGUCGGCAGAGCUGCUGAGACAGAAAGAGUUGGAAAGUCUCCACCAGCGACAGCAGCAGCACCGUCUUCUGGGCUCCGACCCUUUGGGAGUUAUACCUCCUGGCCUGCCACCCGACCAUCCAGCCCUGCGGAGCCUCCACGACAUCCCAGAGGGCCAUCCGCUCCGUGAGGAACUGGCCCGCCGCUCAAAUGCAAUGCUGGUGCUUCGCCAUGGGGCUGCCACACCCCUCCUAACCCUCAACCACCACCACCAGCAUCAACAACAACCAGGGCCCCCCUCCACACCCAAAGACAUCCAGGCACACAGAUCUACCGCUGGGCCAGAUGCCGAAUCCAGGAAGGCCCCCCGCAGGGCCCCCCAGACACAGCUCCAUGCCGGGGAUCACACAGGAGGAAGAGAGGACAGGGGAAGGGAGGGAGACAGGGAGGUGCAGGAUGAGGACAUGAAGGACUCGGACAGUGAGACAGAGAUGUGUGAGGAGAGGCAGGACAGUGUUGGCGCCAAGUCCAGCAGUAAACCCAGGGACAGGGAGAGAGACGGGGGUAAAGAGACUGGCAGCAAGGGAGUGUGUGACAGUGCCAAGGAGACUGGAGAGAGUUCAGGCAGGCUGAGCGCCCCUUGUAGUUCAGCAGGUACAGAGUCACCCAGUCGCCACCUCUUCACCCCUGGACUGGGCAAGGCUGAUGUCAAAUACCACCUGCCACCUGGGUUCAUGCCACCCCUGCCUGCUCUUCACGCCCAGUCGCUGCCCUUUGGAUUCCCCUACGCCAACCCCUACCUUCACACGGGCUCUAUGGGAGGUCUUUUCAUGGAUGGGGAGGACUCAGCCACAGCAAACCCUGCGGAGGACAUCAGCAAGUGGAGUGUGGAGGACGUGUGUGGCUUCAUAAGCAGCCUGGCCGGAUGUGCUGAAUACACACAGGUGUUUCGGGAGCAGGCCAUUGAUGGAGAGACAUUACCGCUGCUCACUGAGGAGCACCUGCUCAACACCAUGGGACUAAAGCUGGGGCCCGCGCUCAAGAUCCGCUCACAGGUGGCGCGGCGUGUUGGCAGGCUUUUCUACAUGACUGGAUUCCCGCUGGCGUUCCCGUUUCCGCCUUCUGCCGCACUGCGCCCCCCAGACCGCGAUCGGGACCCCCUGACGACGCCAUCUGACACCCCCCUGCCUCUCUCUCUGUCCCUGCCCCACAGACCCACCUCCACCAGCAGCAGCUCCUCUCCGUACAGCGGGCCCACCCCGGGGUGCUCCUCCCCAAAGCAGGAAAACGGUAACGGCUCCGCGGUCGUGGGAAGAUACGAGGCCAAGACGCCGUCGUAGGAGCGGACAGAGAGAUUGACUCCCGGGCCCUCACUUUGGGACCUUUACGCUGAAAUCUUUGGGGAAAAUAUUGGACUGGAAUAAAAGACAAACUGGACCGUAUCCGACAAACCAAUCAGCUUCUGAGCUCCUCUGCAGUAGCCGAGCAGAAUCCAAACAAACUGGGUUGGAAGGGAGACACGUGAAGCGACAGAGAAAAAAAAGGAGACAGCUGGUCGCAGACAGCCUGCCAAAAAAACAGGAGCGAAGCCCUGCCACAAAUGCGACAUUCUUGCAAGUCAGACGCUAGCGGAAACCCUUCCUUCCUUCCUGGGCUGGAGGAAGCUCUGCUCACUCACUCUCUUUCUCUUGUCUUCGUCUCUCUCUGACUGCUCCUCACCACAAGCCCUGCAGAAACCAGGAAUUAAAAAAAAAAAAAAAGACACGCCGCUCCCCUUUUUUUUUCUUCCUCUCCCUCGCUUGUUUCUCGAGGCCAAACGGCAGCGUGGAGCAGUCUUUUUAGAGGCUGGAGUUGAAGCAUAUGCUGAGCAGCACCAGCUCCCUCUUAUCACUGCAACUAUGCAUUCCACUGUCCCGAUACCAAAGAUGACCGGACGUGUGGAAUUGAAACCGUGUUUCACGACGUGUCUGCUUCUUUUUGCAUUAAUGGUCUCAGAGAAAGGACUGGUCCAACAGGGAAACGCUAGGCUAGUGCCUCAGAUGAUGGACUGUGUAGAGGCGACACAGGUAGAGCGGUCAUUUACUGACUUUAAAACGGAGAGGCGGCUACGGCUUACGUCAUUGUAUGCUCGUGUUGACUACUGUGGGAGGUAGGAAAAACAUGCAAAAUUGUACAGAAUCAUGCUUAAGAUGAAAAUAUCCUGAAGGUUACAUACGUGGUACUUUUACUUUUUUUGUUAAAUGUAGUUGCACGAAUAAGGUUUUCUUUACUGAAGAAAAAUGUGACUUGCUGAACUUUGGUGGUACUUUUUGUUCAUAACUCUUUUUGUUCCGUUUUUAAAAAAAAUGUAAUAUUAAAAAAAAAGGACGCUCCAAUCUUGAAUGCUACUUCAGCAUAUAAAUAUGAGGAAAAAAAUAUUUAUAGGACUUUUGAUGUAGUAGAUAAAGCAGAUUAUGAUAUGUAUUAUAAUUAGCCCUUAAGAUGGAUUCCAAAGAUACUUUUACUUUGUUUUCUCUUGGUUGCAGGGAAAAGAAAGGCACAAAGCUCUUAAUGCAAAUGUUUUCAAUUUGUUAUGGAUUUUUUUUUUUUUUUUUAAACUACGCAAGCAAUGAAUUAAAAAAACAUGGUCUCUAGAUUUCCCUUCGAAAGUUUUGUCUUCAUCCUAUUUUUCUAUUCACCACACAGGUGAAAUAAAUCCUAAAGAAAUUC